AGCCGGGCCCGGCGGCAGAAGCGGCCCCGGCGCCGGCCGCCGCCAUGGAGGCGAGCGCGGCCAAGCGGAAGGAGCCGCGCAAGGCGCUGCGGGUCAAAGUCAUCUCCAUGGGCAACGCCGAGGUGGGCAAGAGCUGCAUCAUCAAGCGGUACUGCGAGAAGAGGUUCGUGCCCAAGUACCUGGCCACCAUCGGCAUCGACUACGGCGUCACCAAGGUGCAGAUCCGGGACCGGGAGAUCAAAGUGAACAUUUUCGACAUGGCCGGACACCCCUUCUUCUACGAGGUGGACGCGGGGAAGCUGCGCGUGGUGGACGAGAGCGAGGGGCGGCUCUGGGCCGAGAGCCGCGGCUUCCUCUACUGGGAGACCUCGGCCCAGAGCGGAGAGGGCAUCCAGGAGAUGUUCCAGAGUUUCUACUCGGCCAUCGUGGAGCUGUGCGAGAACGGCGGGAAGCGUCCGGCGGGCGGCUCCGGCUUCACGCGGGAACAGGCGGACGCGAUCCGGCGGAUCCGGGCCAGCAAGGACAGCUGGGACGUGCUGGGGCUCAAACCCGGCGCCUCCAGGGAGGAGGUGACGCGCGCCUACCGCCGCCUGGCCGUGCUGCUGCACCCCGACAAGUGCGCGGCGCCGGGCAGCGAGGACGCCUUCAAGGCCCUGGGCAGCGCCCGCGCCGCGCUGCUCCGGAACCUUCCGUAGAUUCCCGCCCGGAACGCCGCCGGAAUUCCGAUCCCGCCCGGGCGGGAACAGCAGCAGCGGAAAUCCCGGGAUUCCCGGCCGUUAUUCCCAUUUUUUUGGGGGUUAUUCCCAUUUUUCUGCGGAUUUUUCCCUUUUUUUUUCGCAUUUAUUCCCCA